GGAAAUGGCACUUUUAUAAAUUGGUUUUCAAAGCAGUGUUUUCAACAGAAUACGUGCCCCCGAGCUGGCACCGCAAAUGAUAGACAUCGCAUCAUGUCAGCCCCCGAUUUAAUCCAUUAGUCUAUCUCCCAUGUCAAUACCCCACACCCCUAGAUACAGUGAGCUACACUCAGAAAAAGUCACUCUCUUGUAAACAGUGCUAGAGUAGGGGUGCCUAGUGGUGUUUCUGUAAACAGAAAAACGUUUUCUAAAAAUGGGCCGGAAAAUGAUUUAUUUUUAGCAAUGUUACGCGGGUCGGAUUUUGAAACUGGACGUGGAGAGAAUUCUGAUCCAGGCAAGUAAUCAUAUACUAUAAGCUAAAUCUAUCUAGUUUGCUGUAUAGAUGAGCACUAUAUAUAUAUAGGGAUAUAUGCAACGCUGAAAUUAAUAUAAGUUUAUACUCUCAUUUAUGUUCUUUGCUUAUAUUCUAAAUAUAUAGACAAAGAUUAUAUAUAUAUAUAUAUAAGUAAACAAAUUAUUCAAAAACCGAGUGGCCGUGUGUCAACUGAUCUUUGUUUAAUCGUAUAUUUUUACAGAGACUGCUGGUCUGUGUUAGACACUUAUUGACUGAUUACGACGACCUUUGGAAUGCGGUCAGUAAGAGCUCAAAUGAAGUAAAAUUUCACAAUUCUAUAAACCAUGCAUUGUCCACACAUUAUGAACUUUGUUCGUAUCUGUAGGGCCUAUAUCUGUAGGGAUAGGCUCGCGUUUUAAUGCUGUGUUAGACUGGGCUGAGACUGAGCCAUUGGCCUUCCAGACAGUACUUCUAGGCCUACAGUAACUACUAAGUUUAAACAAUGACGUAUGACAGGAACAUAGAAUUAUUUUUUAGUGUGAAAACCAAAGAUAACCCACUGGUCUAGUCUAGUCGUGGUCUAGUGCGAAGUCCAUUGUGAGGUCCAUUUGGUGGUGAAUUAGCUGUACACGGAGAGACAAUCAUCAACCAUUUUCCGAAAGUUCAUGCGGUGUUCUUUAAAGUAAAUGUGCACAUGUAAUAUUGCAAACGGGACCGAUGAACUAAACAUCUAAAUCAGAAGACUGCAACUUAUUUUAGCCUUCUAAAUCUGUAGUGAUUGAAAUCGAACCUGGAACGCCACCGAGUUUAGUGCACAUAACUGUGGCUACCACCAUUUUGGUCGACUGAGCUACUGUUCAACAAUUAAGAGUGACGAAAGUAACCUACACAAUGAUGACGAAAGCUAGAUGGCGGCAUGUGAAACAGUUUGGAAUAGUCCUAUGCGUGUGUGUUCCGUUAUAUAUACUUCUAUCACGUCAACGAGUUUACACAAAAACAUGCAAAAGAUUGUGCAACAAAUUCAACGAGUGCUUUAAAAUCAGUCAGGCUGUGUUAGUCUAUGAUGACGACGUCAAUGAAUCAGAUAUGACUUUCGUACAGAAUCUAAUGCCAGAAUUAUCACCGCUGCAAUACAUCAGUGAAUUUCUUUGGGGAACAUUCAAUACAAGGGAUUGUCACAUUCAAUCAUACUUUCGUCAUGUGCAUCUACCUUCUAGGCAACGCACAUGCGCAGUAGUUGCUAAUGGUGGAAUUCUCUUAGGCAGCAAUUGCGGAGAUGAGAUAAACUCGCACGACUUUGUUUUUCGUGCCAAUCUCGCUCCUAUUCAAGGCUUUAUUAAAGAUGUUGGCUAUAAAACAAACAUCACUAUGCUUAAUUUCGAAUCAUUAAGCAGAAUUUACAGAAACUUUACAGAAAAGUCUACUGACAGUAAAUUAGAUAGGCCUGCUAUUACCGAUCGACUUCAAUUUCUCAACGACUCGAUCUUAUGGUUUGGAAAAAGCAUGCAAAGACAGGAAGCAAAAUUAAAAUUUAAAAAAGUGAUAGAGGUUUUAAGGCAGGGGUAUCGAUUCCCUAUCAGAGUGGCGUACAGUUGGAAAUCAAUUUCAAUAGAAAGAUACUGGAACUUGCAGCACCAUGCAACGACGGGCUUCAAUAUAUAUUCAGUAGCAACUCAAAUUUGUGACAACAUCGCCCUCUAUGGAUUCUACCCAUUUAGUGAACUUGAAGACGGCAGUGGUUUGCAACAUCAUUAUUAUGACGAUGUGAAAUAUUUUUUCUACCGGAGUCACGUGCACAAUAUGCCGUUAGAAUUUUCGAAAUUACAGCAUGACGCAAAAAAGGAAAACAUUCGACUUAUAACAAAAAAAUGUAAAUAAAACAUUUAUCCUGAUCAAUUCUUA